AGGAAGUUGGCGAGGACACUUAUAUCCGAUAUUGUAACACACUUCCCAUACUCGCAGAGGAAAACAUAUCAACAGCCUUCACGAUGCCUGCACCGACAGCGCUCUUACAACCGGCUCCGGCCCCCGAAGCGGUGCCCCUCCCCCCGGCAGACAAUGAAGACGAACUCCUUCUCGAUAUGCAGGAUACCACCCAAGCAGAGCCCAGCGCGCCCGCUGCCCCUACAAGUACGGAAGACACAGAUAUGGCCAUCGAUGAGGAAGGGAGGCCACGGUUUGCGCCGGGGAAGGACGUGGACCCCGUUCGCCGGAUCGAAACUAGGAAAAUUCCCAUCCCUCCAAACCGCAUGUCCGCUUUGAAAAGUAACUGGACUAAGAUUUACCCCCCGCUUGUGGACCACUGCAAACUGCAGGUCCGGAUGAACGUCAAGGAGAAGCGGGUCGAGCUGCGGUCGAGCAAGUUCACGCAGAGCAACGAGGCGCUACAGAUGGGCGCCGAUUUUGUUUCUGCCUUCGCCAUGGGCUUCGACAUUGACGACGCCAUUGCGCUGCUCCGUCUCGACUCGCUUUACAUCCAGUCUUUUGAUAUCAAGGACGUCCGUCAGACGCUCGGCCAGGAUGCGUUAUCACGUGCUAUCGGUAGAAUUGCUGGCAAAGACGGGAAAACCAAGUUUGCGAUUGAGAACGCCACAAAAACACGAAUUGUCCUCGCCGGGUCAAGGGUUCACAUCCUUGGCGCAUUUGAGAACAUUGGGAUGGCGCGUGAAAGCAUUGUAUCCCUGGUGCUUGGCGCUCAGCCCGGAAAGGUCUACAAUAAUCUGAGGAUAAUUGCCUCGAGGAUGAAGGAGAGAUUCUGAGAAGCAAUGGGGUUAUUGAUACGCUUUGCAUGAGGGAUGUUUUGGGACUGGGAUUGGCGUUUCGGAGUAUCCUGCAUCUGUAUGUGCCAUGAAUGAGAGAACCAGGUUCGCGGCGAUAGCGCCUAACUCUCAUUGCUUCCUAUUCUGUCUUACUUUCCCUUCUUCUCUCCUGUCUUGACAGGCUACCUAUCUACGAUUCAGGCACAGUGAUGAAAUCUUUUGAUGGGUGUCCUUUCCUCCGAAAUAUACCUUAGGUAUUACGCAGGGUAUCAUUGCUCCAGAAAUACACCCCCAUCCAUAUCAUUGCGCAUAAAAUCAUAUCGAAA